AUGUCUGACCAGAGUGUUCGAUUUUAUGUGGAUGCAAAACCUUCAACUGAGGACUUGGGGGAUAAGAAGGAAGGAGAAUAUAUUAAACUCAAAGUCAUCGGACAGGAUAGCAGUGAGAUUCACUUCAAAGUGAAAAUGACAACACAUCUCAAGAAACUCAAAGAAUCAUACUGUCAAAGACAGGGAGUUCCCAUGAAUUCACUCAGGUUUCUCUUUGAAGGUCAGAGAAUUGCUGAUAAUCACACUCCAAAAGAAUUGGGAAUGGAGGAAGAUGUGAUUGAAGUUUAUCAGGAACAAACAGGGGGUUGUUCAACAAUUUAG